AUGAAGUUGUUCGAAGAGGUAAUAUAUUAUUUUAUGUUUAUAUCGAAAUUUAGGACGAUUCUGAUGAUUUGCAAGAUGACUUUGAUGGAGACAGUGACGCGGAACAACUGGACGGAGGAGACUCGGAUUCUGAUGUUUCUGAAUCAGUAAUGGAUUUGCAGAUGGUUAAAGAACGGAUUCAAGAGAUUGUGGAGGUUCUCGGAGACUUUAACAACAGAAGAGUAGAAGGCAGAAGUCGAGCUGACUACCUCAAGAUAUUAAAGAUGAACUUGUUGUCAUACUACAGUGACUACAACGACUUUUUGAUGGAAAAGUUUAUGGAAUUGUUCCCGAGUCCUACUGAGGUUAGUUUGAGGAUGAAAUCUGUAAAAUAUUAUGCUUUAAUUUAGUAAUAACUAAUAUCAAAAACAUUAAACUUCUCUAAAGUAUGCUUAAUUUUAGAAGCAGAUGUAUGUUUUUAAGCCAUAACCUAUUCAAAAAUGUAUCAUUUAACAUGAGUUAUACGAAAUAUUAAAUUUUAAUCAAUUUUAUACAGUGAAGUCGAGCAAAGAUGAAGAAGAUAUCAAGGCCAGAUAUGUGACACAAAGAAGGUUGUUGUUGGCUGCCAUUGACAGUGUUGAUGCAAAGUCCAAGACCGGUGGCUACAUUGUGUAUUCGACUUGUUCAGUGUUGGUGGAAGAGAACGAAGCUGUUGUACAAUAUGCUUUGGAGAAGAGAAACGUCAAACUAGUACCAAUGGGACUAGACGUCGGAGUUCAAGGUUUCACAAAGUAAGAUUUUUGUGUCAAACAUUUUAAGUUUAUACACUUUACUCAUGAUUUUUUGUUAGGUAUAAAAAUGUGUUUUUAAUGUAAUUUUUAGAUACCGACAAUACCGUUUCCAUCCUUCAAUGUCGGAGACAAGGAUAUACUAUCCUCACGUUCAUAACAUUGAUGGUUUCUUCGUUUCAAAGCUGAAGAAGUUGUCAAAUGACAUCAAGAAGCCAAACGAACAGAAUGGCGAGGAAGAACACAAGGAACAGAAAACACAGCAACAGAAGAAUGGAAAGAAAAAUAAAAACAAAAAGGACGGAAGAAGGAACUGA